AUGUAUGUGAGUGGCGUGGAUGCCACUGACUUCGCUUUGGCUGUGGCGUCAGUGUACUCACGGCUAGAGACUCGCAAGGGCGAGGACUGUUUCUGCAUCGAUGCCAGCAACCCCAAGCAGACCCGCGUGGAGGCUGCUGCGAUUGCGGAGGCCAGGAAUAGAGUGAGACGUGCGGGGCUGGAAUGUGGGAUGAGUGAGAGAGUAGGAGGGGCAGGAGGGGCAGAAGGGGCAAGAGGAGCAGGAGGAGCGGCGUCUGAUGCCACUCAAGUGCCUGUGACCAGCUCAGGGCUCGUGCCUGUCAACACCAACCCAGCUGUUGCUGUCGUGACGCAUCAGGUUGGCUGUAUCUUGCAGUGGGCCCGAAUCUACGGCUCAAAUACUACAUUAGAGAAGAAGUGCUUCAAGGACAGCCCACAGGGGAAGGUCCUGCCCAUGCGCCAUCCACUUCGAUACCUACCGAGCCAGCUUCUCAGGUUCGGCGCCAUCCCUGAGCCUCUGGACGGAAGGAGCUUCUCCUUGGAGUGGGAGGAGUGGCCUCGGGGCGAGGAAGCUGCUCUGAAGUUUCCCGACGACCCCAGCGCGAGAUGCUUUGGCCUGGGGAUUCUGGAAGACGAUGGGGGGAGAGAGGAGGAGAGUAAGAAAAAGCUCCCUGCCCAAUCAUCCAAGGCAGGGGACGUGGAGUGCAUUUCGGAGUUCGCUGCUGCCAUGCUCACCCCACCGGACUGCUCCGAGUGCAAGAGAUGCAUCAAGUGCUACACCUCCCACAUCCCCUUUGUCACCCUCGUUGCCAACUUCGCCUACCGCCCCGCCAGCGUGCUGUUCUACCGCUUCCUCUCCGCCUUCCUGCCGCACUCCAAGGAGUUCAACAACCUCGUCCGCAUCCUGGGCCUGGACCCCUUACCCAUGGGCGCCUCUCUGGAGGAAGAGAGGGAGAAUCUCGAGCGCGUGCGGGAACAGGCAGAGCGUGUGCCCGUGGCGCUGCUGCUCUGCAUUGCUCUGAGGUGGGCCCGCCCCGUUCUCGUCCCCGGCGGGUUUGAGAAGGACGGUACCCGGAGGCCACUGGAGGGGCUAGGGUGGGUUGGAGGAGGGAGGUUCUGGAGCUCGGGGGGCUUUGGGGUUGGCAUAAGUGGUGAGGAGGAUUGCUGGGAUGACGGAGAGGUGUGGGCGGAGGUGUGGUCGUGGUGCGGUGCGGCGAUGCUUGCAUGGCCGGCUUAUGUGUCGGGGGCAGUGAGACAUGCCGAGGCAGGCGGGAAGGGAAGGCGAGUGAGCCGUUGA